AUGUCAAUUUUCAGUAGAUCAUUCCAAAAAAGCGCCAGAAUUUGGUCUCGUGACAGAAGCAAUUUCGAAGUACCCGAUGUAGUAAUGGAAGAACUGGAAAAAAUAUCAGAAUCCUGCUUGACAUUCGAAGAACACAAGAAGUUGGCAAACGACACUGAAAACGAUGCAGAUCAACUUUACCGUGUACUUCAUUUCAAUGAAGAAUUAUUGAAAGCAGCUACAGAAAUUAUUGGAUUUACGGAGCUGCGCGCUGUUCUAGGAUUUUCCCCUCCAAAACCAUGGACGAAUUCAAAUGAAAUUAAAUCAAGAGUUCCAGCGAAUGCCACAAUUGAACAGUAUUACAAUGCAAACGAGUCACGUCAUAGAAACGGAAUUCUCAGAUAUUCACUUGAAGAUAAACAAGUUUCUUCGGCCGUAAAGUUUCUGGAUAAACGUUUCCCCGUUAUUCGUGAUGCUUACACCAAGAGUUACAAGCACAAUUGGGAUGGAAAAAAGAAGAUUGACCGAAAAAUUGUUGAUUACAUGCUUGAUUUGUACGAUACUGUCUACGACUCUAUAGAAUUCAGAAUUUAUGAUUUAACGAGACGUUCCAAAAUUGAAGAAUGCAAACCAAAAAAAGAUACCUAA